AUGCCGAGCCAGACCCAGGAGCACAGCUACACCCCUGAGCUCCCAGGCAAAGAUGGCUACGGCAUGAGCAGCCAAAGUCAUGCUGCCCGACGAGAAGGAGCCUGGAUGCCUGACCCACGGGCUGCCGAAUAUGUCCCAGAAAAAGUGAAGAAAGCUGAAAAGAAACUAGAAGAAAAUCCAUAUGACCUUGACGCUUGGAGCAUUCUCAUUCGAGAGGCACAGAAUCAACCUAUAGACAAAGCACGGAAGACCUAUGAACGCCUUGUUGCCCAGUUCCCCAGUUCUGGCAGAUUCUGGAAACUGUACAUUGAAGCAGAGAUUAAAGCAAAAAAUUAUGACAAAGUGGAAAAGUUAUUUCAGCGAUGCCUUAUGAAGGUUUUACACAUUGAUUUAUGGAAAUGUUACCUUUCCUAUGUACGAGAAACCAAGGGGAAGCUACCUAGUUACAAAGAAAAAAUGGCUCAGGCAUAUGAUUUUGCUCUGGAUAAGAUUGGCAUGGAAAUCAUGUCAUACCAGAUCUGGGUGGAUUACAUCAAUUUUUUGAAGGGCGUAGAAGCAGUAGGAUCUUAUGCAGAAAACCAGAGGAUAACAGCUGUCCGUAGGGUUUACCAGCGUGGUUGCGUGAAUCCAAUGAUAAACAUAGAACAGCUCUGGAGAGAUUAUAACAAAUACGAAGAGGGCAUCAAUAUUCACUUAGCUAAGAAGAUGAUUGAAGACAGGAGUAGAGAUUAUAUGAACGCACGACGUGUAGCAAAGGAGUAUGAGACAGUGAUGAAAGGCCUGGACCGCAAUGCUCCCUCUGUCCCCCCCCAAAAUACCCCACAAGAGGCUCAGCAGGUAGACAUGUGGAAGAAAUAUAUCCAGUGGGAAAAGAGCAACCCACUGCGUACAGAAGAUCAAACUCUUAUAACAAAAAGAGUUAUGUUUGCCUACGAGCAAUGCCUUUUGGUUCUGGGACAUCACCCAGAUAUCUGGUAUGAAGCUGCACAGUACCUCGAGCAAUCUAGUAAACUGCUAGCUGAAAAAGGGGACAUGAACAAUGCUAAACUUUUCAGUGAUGAGGCUGCUAAUAUUUAUGAAAGAGCGAUCAGCACUUUAUUAAAGAAGAAUAUGCUUCUUUAUUUUGCAUAUGCAGAUUAUGAAGAGAGUCGAAUGAAGUAUGAGAAAGUACACAGCAUAUAUAACCGACUCCUGGCUAUUGAAGACAUUGACCCCACUCUGGUUUAUAUCCAAUAUAUGAAAUUUGCAAGGCGAGCAGAAGGCAUAAAAUCUGGAAGAAUGAUAUUUAAGAAAGCAAGAGAAGAUGCCCGGACCCGCCAUCACGUCUAUGUUACAGCAGCUUUAAUGGAGUAUUAUUGUAGUAAGGAUAAGUCUGUGGCCUUUAAGAUUUUUGAGCUAGGGCUGAAAAAAUACGGGGACAUUCCAGAAUAUGUGCUGGCAUAUAUCGACUACCUUUCUCACCUUAAUGAGGACAAUAAUACAAGAGUUUUGUUUGAACGUGUUUUAACUUCAGGGAGCCUUCCACCUGAGAAAUCUGGGGAAAUCUGGGCUCGGUUUUUAGCUUUUGAAAGUAACAUUGGUGAUCUAGCUAGUAUACUGAAAGUUGAAAAACGGAGGUUUACAGCAUUCAAGGAAGAAUAUGAGGGCAAAGAAACAGCUCUGCUGGUCGACAGGUAUAAGUUCAUGGAUUUGUACCCUUGCUCUGCUAGCGAACUGAAGGCCCUUGGUUAUAAGGACGUCUCCCGUGCCAAGCUGGCAGCUAUAAUUCCAGACCCUGUGGUUGCACCUUCCAUCGUGCCUGUUCUCAAAGACGAAGUAGACAGAAAACCUGAAUAUCCAAAACCAGACACUCAACAAAUGAUUCCAUUUCAGCCAAGACACUUAGCACCUCCAGGUUUACAUCCCGUCCCAGGUGGUGUAUUUCCUGUUCCACCAGCAGCUGUAGUUCUCAUGAAGCUCCUGCCACCUCCUGUUUGUUUUCAGGGUCCCUUUGUUCAAGUGGAUGAGCUCAUGGAGAUAUUUAGAAGAUGCAAACUGCCAGACACUGUUGAUGAAGCUGUACGAAUAAUUACCGGAGGCCUACCUGAAAUAGCUGUAGAAGGCAAUGGACCUGUGGAAAACAACGCUAUGCUCAAUAAGGCCGUUAAGAGACCACAUGAAGAUUCCGACGACGAUGAGGAGAAAGGAUCUGUAGUUCCCCCUGUACAUGACAUUUACAGAGCACGACAGCAAAAGAGAAUCCGGUGAAACAAGUUCGGAGUUCUACUGUGAUAGACAAAGACUUGCAUUGAGUCCGUCAGUCUCUUAAAAGUCAAGCAUUUAAAAGGGACAGCUGCAAACAAAAAAAAAAAAAUCUUGAAAAUGGUUUUGUUACUGUGGUGCCUCUUCUCCCAAUAUGGUUCUUGAUCCGAAAACAGCCAGAACAACCUUAGAAUGUGCUCUGAACAAAACUAGGUUUUCAAAACCAAAAGUGCAAAAUGUCAAAACCGCAUUUUGGUCUUCAAGGGUGUUCACAUCUACCACUUGAAAUCUUGUGGGUUUUCAACAGUUUUAUUUUAAAAACUGGAUGGCUUAUACUUGUGAAGCAUUUUUAAUUCACAUUUUCUGGAAGACCGUUGUUCUCAGUUUGUUCAUGUAGUGUCCUGCCUUAUUGUUCGUUUUUAUUUAUGGCAGAAUGUAUGGAAUCUGUUUUGUAGUUGAAAAUGGAAAAAAAACAUUCCUUUAAAAUAAAAGGAUAUCCAUAACAUCAUGCCUCAUUCUGGUUUUAUUCAAACACAACAAGUUACUUCUUAAAUAUGACUCAGCCACUUCAAAAGCGAUGUUAAUAAGACCAUCACAGGAGAUUGAUCAGAGCAUACAUAUUAGAAUUAGCUUUUUUCCAUUUUUCUAGAGGAUACAGUAUACUUUUGCUUUUAAUUCCAUGACUGUUUAAAGAAGACAGCAUCGUAAGACAAACUCGGUACAUAUUUCUAAUGUGGAUUGUCCAGGAGUACUAGCUAACGCAACCUGGUCCUGGAUAACUGCAUUGGUCUUCCACUUAACAUACAAAGCUAAAUGUUAAUAUAUCAGCUACAUAGUUUAACCUGUUAUGUUUCAAACAAGCUAACAAAAACACUAGAUAAACUUUCAACGCAGUUUUCUAUGCAUACUUUAGAUUUUAACUUGUAAUGGACUAUUCAGAACUGCACUCUGAUAAGGCCAUAAGAACCCCCGCGGACUACAGGAAAUUCAAUUACUCAGACAGGUUGAAAAACAUUCCUGCCACCAGCAGUAUCGAUGAUUGUAGGUCAGUGCUCCUAUCGCCCAUGCUACAAGGUGAAACAGGGUAUGUGUAACCGUAUAAAAGUUCACGUGGAGGUAGGGUCUGGCCUUAUCAAUUCUAGAAUUUCUUUUCUGCAUUGCCACUUAAUCGUAUCUCCCUAUUUCUUUUAAAGGGGAUGUAGAGAAACUAUUUGUCAACCACCAGCCUUAAGAAAACAACCUGGGAAAAAUCACUAACUGCACUUGUGGGCAUUUCUAUUACAGACUGAAAGGCCUACAGCACCCGCCCCCGCGGUCCUCAUCCCCACCGUGUGUGCCUCCAAAGGAGACCGGAGCCAGAGGUGGGCACUGCGCUUUUUUCCCUACGUGAAGCCCAAGGAUCAAACCCCUGCUGCGAGGAGGGAUGGGACUUACUGUAUCGGCCCUGCGAGCAAUAAGCAUGCGCUAGCGGCGGCACAGUCCACGCUUCGAUGUCAGAGUAAGCAGGAGUUGGCUGUCAUGGCCAUCUGGACCCUGAACUGCAGAGCCGGGAGCAGCCACCUCCUAAAUUAAGCAAGUACAAUUUUAUCUAUUGAUAAUGCAGUCCCAUUCAUUCUGGCAUCAGCCACAUAUUUUGCAAAGCCUUUUCUAAGUAAGUUGCUUCACCAUAGUGGUGUUGAGAUCACCCCCUACAGCAUCUAAGCUUUCGCAGUAUGCAUAAUUCACAGGGGCCUUUAAAGGCAGCUUCUAGGCAAUACUAAAAUAGAAAGUAACAGCAGCAAUUUAUAACUUCUGCAACUCUCAUUUCACAAAACCAGCUUUGUCUUGGUUAUUUUUUUUUGUAUCUCUAGCAAUAAUGUUUCUGGUAGCUUUUUUGUUAGGCAGACCACUGAAUUAAUGUGUUUGGAGCUGCAGAGCUACAGGCUGUGUUUUGAGGUGGGUCCUGCACUAAUAACAAAGUACAGUAAGCAGCUGCUGCAAUCGUGAAGACCUCUGUAGUAUCCUUUGCAGAUUCAAACAAUGCACUAGACCACACCAAAAA